GUCCUCUCUGGAUUCCAAUCAAGGAAAGCACACCGGGUUCAUGUCCGUGACAAAGAUAUGCUCAAAUAUCUCGGGGGGUUCAUUGCAAUCGCUAUCGGGUACAUGACCGCCUGGACGGCCGUAAAUCUGGACUACAUCAGCUCUAGUCCCUGGGGGACACUGGUCCCUGCCUCCGCCUCCUCUCCCUCCUCUUCCACCGCCUCCUCCUCCCCGUCCUCCUAUUCGUCAUCGUCCGCAUCACCCUCCGCCUCGACAACUGAAUCGGCUUUGUUGCUGCCCCAGGUGCCCGGUCUGGUCGGACCUGACCAACUUUCAGGCUCGGAGUCGACAAAGGGCUGGGCUGGCAGAAGCCCCAUAGACAGAGUAUGGCAACCCAAAUUCCCUUUGGAGGGCUCUAAUCCCAGUCGAGCCACGGCAACGAACUGGCUCGGAGUCGGGAGCUCCGCUUUCUCAGUCGGCAUGACUGAGUGGGCCCAAUUGGUGGUGCCAAGAGAUGACUCUGUGUCCAGGACGAGGUGGAAUCGAGCCUCCAGUCUUGGAAAUUCGCGAAGCAAUGACAGCACAAGCUUGUCAACAGUCAAUCUAGCAGCAAUGUCGCUUCAGUUGGGCGAGGAGCCUGUGGUUGGACUGGCCGAAUUGUCGGCCAAGUCGUCGCAGGUGGUUCGCUUUCUCGUCUGCAGGGCAAAAAAUGCUAUUUAUACGUUUUGUCCUGCAAUCUAG